CUGGAAGGGGCGUUCUGUUAAAAUGAGAGAAUUGGGGCGCCUGCCUGGCUCAGUUGGUUAAGCAUCCAACUUGGGCUCAGGUCUCGAUUUCACGGUUCGUGAGUUGGAGCGCGGAGCCCGCUUCAGAUCCUCUGUCUCCUUCUCUCUCUGCCCCACCCCCUCUCACGCAUGCUCUCUCUCAAAAAUAAACAUUUAAAAAUAAAGUGAGAGAAUAAACCAUUCAGGAAUGAGGACAUCGUGGCCCCACCAGGAAACAAGGCACCCAUCUUGGGAUGAGAUUAGGGAGUUCCCAGCGUCACUGAAGGUGAAAGCCAGACCUCGGGGCCCGUCCAAUGGGCCAGGGAUCUGAGGUGCUUCCUGGGAAAAGCAAGAAUGAGGAAACACGAAAUGGAGCGGAUCACCUGAUGCGCCGGGUCAUGUCGAGAGGGUUUACGGUUCCAGUUGGAGAGUUUGGGGUGAAGUAGGGAUAGUGUAAAGAAAAGAACCAGAUGGGGAGGAGACAGUGAUUUUUGACACCAGAACAAGGAAGAAAUUGCUCGGAAGAACAGAUGUGAUUGGCCGUGAAUAUUGGGAUCCAAAGUGGUGUCGUGAUUUUAUCGGAAGAGCGAGGAAGGUGAGGUUCUGUGGCGGAGAGGGGCAGGAGGUGGCUCACCUGUGAAGGACAAAGCGGGUACCGUGCGACUGAACAGCUGAGAACUGGGGGAGCUCAAGAAGCCACCGUAUGUGGAGACCUGACAUCAGCGCCAGAUCGAAAGGCUCUGCUUCUGGAGAGCGAGAUCGGAAGCUGUGUUUUGUUACACGCUCUGUGACACGACUGUUAAGGUGUGUGUGCAUUUUACAAGUUUAAUCUUUCUGUUUCAAUGAGCGUGAAUUCGAGUUGAUGAAACAGAUGUUUACUCCAGGUGUUGUCUUAGUGAGUCCAGUACCUUGACUCUGGUAACGUGACGGUAGUUACUGGUUAGUUCUCUACCCCCGUACGUAUCGUUUGUUGACGUCAGUCUUUGGUUUCUACUCGUAUUAGUAAUAUCUGGCUUCUUUGACUGUGAUGAAAACCGUAUUUAAGAAACAUGAGUCAGUCCUGUGUUCAGUCUCAACAUAGGACGUAAUUUAGUUAACGUCUAUAAAUAGCGAAUGGGCACCACUACCUGAAAGAUAUAAAAGGGCCUGGUAGUCCCAGCACAGAGCAGGCCGGGAACCAUGCGGUUGUACAGCCCCCCAGUCAGCCGGCCGGGGCCGGAUGGACCCAGAGUCGACCGCCUGCUGCUGCAGCUGCAAGAACAGCAGCGGCAGAAGGAGCUGGAGCGGGAGCGCGUGGAGCGCGAGCGCGUGGAGCGCGCGGAGCGGGAGCGGCUGGAGCAGGAGCAGCUGGAGCGCGAGCGGCUGGAGCGGGAGCGCGAGCGGCAGGACCGGCUGGAGCGCGAGCGGCUGGAGCGGCUCGACCGCGAGAGGGAGCAGCGGGAGCAGCGCGAGCGGGAGCAGCGCGAGCGGCAGGAGCAGCGGGAGCGCGAGCGCGAGCGGGAGCGGGAGCGGGAGCAGCGCGAGCGGCAGGAGCAGCUGGAGCGGCAGGAGCAGCUGGAGUGGGAGCGCGAGCGGGAGCGCCGGCUGUCGGCCGCCGCUCCGCCCUCCGACAGCUCCCCGUAUAGCGCGCCGCUGCCCGAGUAUGCCGGCUGCCAGCCUCCUGCGGCACCUCCUCCAUCCUAUGCUAAAGUCAUCGCAGCUCCAGGGUCAGACGCCAGUCCUGACUAUGCUGUGGUGACCGCUUUGCCACCUACUUGCACGCCCCCCACACCACCUCUUCGGCACUCGGCGACACGUUUUGCAGCAUCUGUAGGCUCAGCCUUCCACCCCGUUCUUCCCCAUUACGCUACGGUUCCUCGUCCUCUGAACAAAAACUCUCGGCCUUCUUCUCCCGUGAACACACCCUCUUCUCAGCCUCCAGCCGCGAAGCCCUGUGCCUGGUCUACUUGCACUGUGUCGCCCCUCCCUCCAUCUCCUCCGGUCAUGAUUAGCAGCCCCCCCGGCAAAGCGACCGGUCCGAGGCCUGUCCUCCCUGUCUGUGUUUCUUCUCCUGUGCCCCCACUGCCUCCGUCACCAACAGCACCCAACGGGCCGCUUGACUCUGUCACGUGUCCGGUGUCUCCGCCGCCUACCUCAGGGCCAGCAGCGCCGCCGCCGCCGCCGCCUUCCCUCGCACCGCGCUCACACUGUGGAUCUCAAGCCUCUCCUCCUCCAAGCACCCCCAUUGCCUCAACUCCCUCCUCCAAGCCUAGUGUUCUCCCUUCUCCCUCUGCAGCUGCCCCUGCGCCUGCCCCUGCGGAGACUCCUCUAAACUCUGUGCUGGGGGACUCCUCUGCUUCUGAGCCAGGCUCGCAGGCAGCCUCUCAGCCGGCCGAGACUCCAGCCCAACAGGGCGGUGUCUUGGGACCACCCGCACCUCCGCCCCCACCGCCGCUCCCACCUGGCCCCGCCCCGGCCGCCGCAGCACCGCCCCCCCACCCGGGGCCGCCGCCCCCCCCUCCGCUCCCCGCAGCGGGGCCGCCGCCCCCACCGCCCCCGCCCCCCCUUCCCAACCAGGUCCCCCCCCCUCCUCCGCCCCCUCCCGCGCCCCCACUCCCCGCAUCUGGAUUUUUUGCGGGAUCAGUGUCUGAAGACAAUCGCCCGUUGACUGGACUUGCCGCUGCGAUUGCCGGAGCGAAACUGAGGAAAGUGUCCCGGGUGGAGGAUGCCUCUUUCCCGAGUGGAGGGAGCACCAUCGGCGCGAACCCGGCCUUGUCCAAAUCAGACACGGGUCGUGGGAACGGACCCCUCCCGUUAGGGGGCAGCGGGCUGAUGGAGGAGAUGAGCGCCCUGCUGGCCAGGAGGAGAAGAAUUGCUGAAAAGGGAUCAACGAUAGACACCGAACAGAAAGAGGACAAACACGAAGAUUCCGAGCCCGUCACUUCUAAGGCCUCGUCGACAAGUACACCCGAACCAGCAAGAAAACCUUGGGAAAGAGCGAAUACAGUGAAUGGCAGCAAGUCACCUGUCAUCUCCAGACGGGAUUCUCCAAGGAAAAAUCAGAUUGUUUUUGACAACAGGUCCUAUGAUUCAUUACACAGACCAAAAUCUGCACCUUCGUCGCAGCCCAGUGCCAACGGCGUCCAGACAGAGGGGCUAGACUACGACAGGCUGAAGCAGGACAUUUUAGAUGAAAUGAGAAAAGAAUUAACAAAGCUAAAAGAAGAGCUCAUUGAUGCGAUCAGGCAAGAACUGAGCAAGUCCAAUUCUGCGUAGAGAAGCAAGCCCAGGAGAAACAGGACCGUAGCUGGAGGAAGAAAAAAGACCCCUGCAAACGACAGCUGGUAACAACAAGCCCCUACGUUUCGUGAGCCGCGAGAAGAAAGUGGAUACGGAUGGUCGGAAGGAGGAGAGCCGGCGCACUUGUGAGCCUUCAGAUGCUGUUGCUCUGGCGAUCAGCGAUUUCCCUCCAGUUUGCUGCUUUCUUCUGACCUUUUCAACAGGAUGGAAGGGUCGGAUAAGAGUUCCCAUUUAACGGUUAUGCAGAAAAUCCUAAGCCCAUCAGGCGGAAUCGCCGUGCAUUGAAAUAUUUUCACGUCAAGACAAAAUCGCACGUUUUCCACAACCCAUUGCUAAAAUAAAGAGGAGAAAGGCUUAAGAAGUUUGUUUUCAGAGAGUGCUGAUGAAGAAUUUAGCAAGUUACGCUAUUGUAUUGUAAAUGUUUCUCUCAGGUUUGUCUUCCUAUCACGUGUGAUAUUCCGUAAUUGAGGUCAGCCCUGUGGAGGUUCAGAUCCUAAAACGUGGAACGAAUGGAAUUGUAUGUGCUUUCAAAGGGCGAUAUUGAUAAGAAAGUGUCCUAAAAAUGAUUUGUCUGGCUUGAGGAAUUUUAGAACGAUAGGAAGUCUCUCGAGUUAGCCUUCAUGCAAUUUUGUAGAUUACAACAUAAAAUUCAUCCAGAAUUUAAAGAUUUAGAUGCCUUCCUAAAUUGUUAAAAUGCUUUACCAAAUCUAUGACUCCUACAUAACACACACCAGUGGUCAAAUGUAAAACAAUAUAUUGUAGAUUUACUGUAGGUUUUCAACCUUUUUUAGAUUUAUGCAUGUGGACAUUUUUAUAAUGUAAUUACAGCCACCACAAAAUUAGCUUUUUUAAUUGCAAACAGUAAUGCAUGUCACACUAAUAUGUAGUGGCCUUUUCAAGGCCUGGUCCCAGGGAAAACAUUUUGUAGAGUGUAGGGGGUGGGAGGAAGGGAAGGAAUAAGUUUUCAUUUAAAGUUAAUUUCUGCAUUGUCUUUUGUUCUCAAUUACCUGCAUGAAUAAUAAUGAGGAAUAUUUUGUGACUUUAAUUGGUAAAUGUGUUAGCAGAACCAAGUACUUAAUCUUUUACAUCAUGUCUUCAGCUGUUCGUAUUUCAGCUUCAGUAAUUUCAGUGGUCUGAAACAUGAUUCUGAGCUUCACAUGAAUCACAUCAUACUGUGGGACUCGAAAACUCGCUCCCUGAAUCUGGCAGUUACUAUGACCUAGGUGCCCUGCAGUCGGACAGGUGUUCGGGUGCAUGUUCUGACCAGGAAAGCUGCUCUUGAAUUGUGUUGUGUGGAAACAUAAGAAGUGGCAAUGUCAGCAGCGACUGAGGUCACAGGCGUCAGUCACGCGGCAGCGGGGACCGGCGAGGGGCUCUGAGUAGUUCUCUGGUGACAGAGUGAGACUUGGGGUAGGAGGACGGGAUUAGAUCCUCUGCCGACCCCGCUCGGGUGUGUGUGCGUGCGUUCGUAAUCCACACCCUUCUCUUGGAAACUCAUGAAGACUAAAAUAGGGGAGACAUUCUGUAUGUUGCAAUGAUAGAUUUCUUUUUUUUUUUUUUGAAAAUUUAGGAAAUCAGAAACUCUCCAGGCUCUCCGUCUUGAUGUAUGCUUCAGUUACGUGCCAUACUUGCUUUGAAAUCUUUGAUUAUCUGAAGUUUCACUAAAGUUUUGAAGAAGUAAUCCAUUUUCAUCUGCUUUCUAGAUUUCGUAAUCUCAUUUGGGAAGACGGAGCUUGUCGAUAGCGUAGUUUUCUAAAGGCUGCGGAUUUGCCAUUACCCUUCCAAACGGUGUGAACGAGGGAGGUUUUUCCUGCUUACGGUAGUUCCCGUUUGUGUAGAGACUGCGGUUUGACAUUAAUCUGUGAUGGGUGAGCUGUCCUCGCUCAGGUCUGUGGUUGUGUUUUCUGUCCCUCUUCAUGGUCAGGCAGUAGUAAAGGCAUUCAAGAUGCGGCAGGCUUCUGAAGUACUGUUUUCUAGAAGAACUAGGAGGCAUUUUCAUCUUUAUUACUGUACUUUCGGUUAUGCAGACACUUCGAUGGUGUAAACGCUUAUGUCCCCUAUAAAUCUGGUGAGAAAUCACUUGAUUUUGUUGGUUGUUGGUCUCUGGUAGGAUAGGAUGCUGGGUGCACGUGGUCCAAAGUGAGAUAAAAGACUGCAGUAAAACGCUAGAUCUCAAAAAGGAACCGGUUUACGCACUAACUGUCUCGUGCCUUUUGGUCUAACAUUAGCAGGAUAUCUGUGUAAAAUGACAGAAAACCAGUGUUGAAUCACGCCAUUUUCCAUCAUUUUGCAUUAUCCCGGAUUGCUAAAUGUGUUCUUUACAAGACGUUUGAUGAAAUCACUGUACACAUCCGCUGUCCUACGUGACAGUUUUGUCAUCGUUAGAGAUUUCAGUAACUCAUGCGGGAAGUUCUCGGAGCGAUGUUCCUCGGAACCCCGUCAGACGAUGGUUUUUGUGCUCUAGUCCACGGGCUGUCUGAAGCUGAGUGCAGUUCAGGGGUCCUUUCUAGUUACAGGAAGGCACUUCUUUCCUCAACACUGUGAUCUGACCCGUGACCAAUCCGUCCUGUGCGCUGUGUCAACGGCCGACGGUCCAUCGCAAACCAACUGAAUGUACACACCUCCCGCCGGUGCCGAGGUCUCUCCGGAACGGCUGUCCCGGUCGCGGUUCGUCCACGCUUUGCCAGCGUCAAGUGUCCGUCGGAACCGAGGACGAAACACUAACGAAUGUUGGAUUCUCGUGCUUUAGGUGUGCUUCCUCUUUAGCCUUUUCGGUUCUCUGCCAUUUUUACCGUACUGUUUCAUUUAAAUUUCCUACACGCUAACUUCGUUUGUGUGAUUGAAAUAAACUUGCAGUAUAUACA